UCAAUAUCCUUAGUGCACCGCCGUUCUUAUAGAGGGUAUUUAAAGUAAAACAUGUAUACUUGUGUCCUGAAUAAAUUCGCAUUCAUACUCCAGCCGCAAAUUGAGUUUGUUCGUUUGCUUGAUUUGAUUAGCCCAGAUUUGCUGGUCUCAGUGCUAUGCAAAUUAGUUGUGUGAUUAUCGCGAAAAUUGGCAAACAGAAGGCACCCCGAACUGGGGUGGAAUAACCGCCACCCUGUAAUAGUUUUCAGCUUCAGACGUGCGUGCGAAUUUUCUCUUUGGUCGCCUUCGGCACUUGGGAAAUCUUCCACGCAUAUGAGUUACGUUUUUAUUAGCCCCGGGAAAUUUGCAUUUUAGAGCAGUUUCGGUCACGUGAGCAGGUUUGAUUAGGGCACAUAUGUGUCCUUGGUUGUGAGUUGGUGUUGGGGGUGAGGUUUCGUUAUCCUUUCCUUUGAUUUCACACCCCAACGCCCUUGCCUAGUGCUGCUCUUCCUAAUGAGAGAUGAUGAACGAGCGAUGCUCACCACGCUGUCAAUCAGAUUUCAGUAAAGCAGGCAGCAGUCUCAAUCUUCAUUAAAAUCCAUCGUGAAGAUGGUUGGGAAUAAAACAAAAACCCUACCAUCGAACUCACUCAAACAUGUUGCAUUGCCCCUACAACAACGGAGUGUCGGUGGGCCGAGUGUCGAGGCUUUCCACCCACUUUUUCCGCCCGCUUUUCCGAGAGUCCUUUCGGCUGGCUGGCGGUUGGUUGGCCACGUUUGCGGCUCCUAGCCGCGAUGGCAACGCCCAGGAACGUGACCAAAUCGCAUUCGGGGCGUGCACCCCGAGUAAUCGGGAAACGGAUGUCUGACUCCUCCGACUCCUCCAGCUCCUUCGACUCCUUUCGCCCCCAAGAGGGAAUUGCAGAUUUUUCCUCAAUCUUGUAUUGACUUUUUGCCACUGCCUGCCGGGAUUUGAGGCCCUCCACCCGCCGUAUGAUUGGCUGGGGGUCUAAGAGUUCCUUGUGCUUUGUUUUUGAGAGCUUCCUGUCGCUGUUGUGAAAAGUUUCUGAAGCACUUGUUUACGAUUUGAAGUGUAUUUUCCUGGCUGACUGGUGGGAGAAGGGGUCUGUCAUAAUUUGGGCUGCAGUCGGUGCCCAUCGAUUGCGAUCUCCGGCAAGUGUGAAAAGUUUUCCACUUCAACUCGGCAAAUCUCAGCUGCUAAGUUCUUUGGUUAUGCUAAUGAGACAAACUUUGGCCACUCCGAUCUUUGGCAUGUCUAUAAUUGAAAGUUCUGUCCCAUUCUGUCUUCUGGUUGAAUAAAGUUGGUAGUGCUCUGCGGAUGAAACAAGGUCACUUAGGGAAACUCCACCCAAUUGAGACACACCUGCUGUGCUGAACAAGCAAAUCAUAUUUGGAGCCCCAAAAAUCUGAUAAGAUAUCACCUUUCCCACGAAGGUUAUAUAUAAGAAGCCCAUCGAUGCUCGAUGGCUGUGCAUAGAGCUUUCUAGCCCAGCAUGAAGUACUCCACCUUGCUAAUUCUGGGUCUCAUCUUGGCCCUGGCCUUCACCAGCCAGGCCAAGUCCAAGUCCAAGAAGCAGAAGAAUAAGCAAAAGCAGUUGGCCCAGCAGGAGUCGAUCCUGCCAAUGUCCGAGCCCUGCAAACCGAGCAAGUGCAAACUGCCCGAUUGUCGCUGCUCCGAUGCCGUUUUACCCACAUCCAAGUUCCAGGGCAAAGAACGCGAGAUUCCGCAGUUUGUUACCAUCACUUUCGAUGAUGCUGUAAAUGCUGUCAACUUCGCCCAGUAUGAGCUGCUCUUUGAGGGAUUGGUCAAUCCAGAUGGAUGUGGAGCCGCUGGAACCUUCUUUCUGUCCCACGAGUACACGGAUUACGCGAGGGUGAAUGCACUCUACAGGGCAGGUCACGAGAUAGCCCUGCAUUCGGUGACCCAUGGAGAUGGCACCGAUUACUGGCGAUCGGCAGAUGUGGCCACCAUAGAGCGAGAGUUCGGAGCGCAGCUCAAAAUGUUGGAGACCUUUGCCAAAGUGGAUGCCAAGAAGAUUCAGGGAAUGCGUCUGCCUUUCCUCCAAAUUUCCGGCAAUAACACCUUCGAAGCAGCCCGUCGCUUGGGCUUGACCUACGACAGCUCCUGGCCAACGCAAAAGUUCAAGGAUCCGGCCAUGUGGCCCUACACCCUGGACUACAGGUCGCAGCAGGACUGCCAGAUAGGACCCUGUCCGGAGGCAUCCAUUCCCGGAUUCUGGGUAAAUCCCAUGGUCACAUGGACCGAUACUGAGGGCUACAGUUGCUCCAUGAUCGAUGCUUGCGUUUACCCGCCGGAGGACGACGUGGACGAGCUGUUCGACUGGAUGAUGGAGAACUUCAACAGGCACUAUCUGGGCAAUAGAGCUCCAUUCGGGAUGUAUCUGCAUGCUGCUUGGUUUUCGCGUGGUCGCAAUUACUUUGCUGCCUUUAAAAAAUUCAUUAACCACCUGAACACAUAUUCGGAUGUGUAUUUCACGGGAAUUUCGCGAAUGUUGGAGUACGUGAGAAAGCCCACGCUGGGAACUCCGUUCAAGGACUGCCCCGAUUUGCCGGAGGCGGAGUGUCGAGCAGUCCAGUGCCAUGUCCAGAAGAUGUCCACCGGCGAGGAGCGCUACAUGACCGUCUGCGACAAGUGCCCCUCCGUCUAUCCCUGGCUGGACAAUCCUCUGGGUCAGCAGCUCUAAGCCCGCCAGCCAUUCGCCCAUAAAGCGUGUACACUGAAAAUAAUAAAGUGAAGUUUUUGAAUAGAAAAACAGGUCUCUGCUUGCGCAUGCAACG